GAGUAAGUAAAAUUAUUCCUUUAUUUUUUAAACGUCUAGUUUUAUUGUUAAACCUUUAAACAGAUAAUUAUUGAAAUGUUUAAAAAAAUUAUUUGUUUGUUCCAUUUUUUAAUCGUUGUAUCUGCUCUGACCAAUUUAGAAUCUAGCUAUGAUUCCAUAACUGAUAUUUAUUUGGAGCAUGAGUUAAUUCCUGGGGCAGGAUUUUCAAACUAUAGUUCUUCACCAGUAAACUUGGAAACAAGAAGUGAUUUUACUAUUGAGUCAACAAUUAGCAAAUAUGAUUUUGAAUUAAUUAAAAAAUUAGCCAACGACAAUCAUAUGUAUAAAUUAAAGGUGACUGUAAGAUACUUGUCUGGUCUCAAAACAAGUUUUUUAACUUUUACUAGAGCAUGUCAUAUUUUAGGACAUAAAACAAUUUAUAUUCUCACACUACAUUUGGAUCAUUUAGAUUUACCUUUUGGUGCUAAUUUAGCUACAAAAUCUGAUAAAUAUGAGGACACUGAUGAUAGAGAUGAAUACAAGUUAUCAACGACUGUGUUUUUUAGAAGACCUGACUCUAGCCCUAUUCCAGAUACUACUACAUAUAUUCAAAAGAUUGAACGAGAACGCGAGGCAAGAGAAAAAGGAAAAUCUAGUAACAACAAAUCAAUGCUAGGGAAAUAUUGGAUGUAUAUACUACCAUUGGUCAUAUUCAUGAUGAUUGCUGGCGCAUCAAAUCCUGAAGGAGCAAGACAGUAAAACCAAAACAAUGUACUUGAAAUUUAUUUUGAUUAAAUGUACAUUAAAAAAACUAUAAUUUGUAUAAAUAAUAAACGUAUAAUUAAAUUAUUA